AUGGUUUCAAUAUUUUCGGCUCUACACAACAAAGUUCAUAAACUGAAAUCUGCACGAAAGAAUUCCAACACGACAGCUGUCAGUAUUCCAAUGGGUCAACAACACCAAGAGGAGGAAGCUUCAACACGUCGUUCUCCCAAACAUCAGCAACAACAAGUCAUAAAUUCAUCCUCUCAAGAUCUGUCAUCAUCAUCGUCUCUGAUAAAGCCACAGUCAUUUUCUUCUUCACAUGUGCCUUCUGUCACUCCUCAAAGAUCCCAAUCAAACACCAAAUAUAGAAACUCAUUAAACUUGCAUGAAAUGAAAUUGAGCCUUCAUAAGCAAUCACAACAAUUAAGACCUCCUUCCACAAACCUUUCUUCACAGAUUCUUGUGAAUAAUUCUGCGGAUAUUAAUUCUUCUUCCUCUUCGACAUCUGUCAUGUACCCGAAUGGAAACAACUUUAACAAUUUCAAUAACAACAACAAUCGAUGGAGUGUCAACAUUUCAGAUUGCUCUUCAACGCUCUCAAUUAUUAACUCUGCCAAUUCUUCGACCAUUUCUUCCUCACUUUCGAGCAGUCAAUUGUCGACUCAACGACAAUCAUCGGACUCAGUGGUCGAUUUAAUGAAUCAACAACAAAAUAACUAUUUCAUCAUGAUGAGCAAUCACAACAGCACCACCAACAACAAUAGUCACACGAUAAAUACCACCAGCAUUCACUUACCAUCAAAUGUCACUUACCCACCUUGCCAACAGACCAUGACUGAUUCCAAUUCAAGUCAAGUCCACAUAGCUUUCAACGACUCUUCCAAAAGUCAAAAAAAUCUCACUACCACCUGUUCACCUCUCUCAUCUCUCACCAAACCAUUUCCAGAAGAAAUGCAUUCCGUUGCUGUUUUAGAAGAUCCAGCUUGCCAUCAUUUUGAAGAAAAUCUUUCAAUCGAAAUGCAAUCUUCACUUCCUCUUCCACAAUCACCUCCAUCUUCCACCUUAUUGACUCAUCAACAAGAUAAUAUUGAGCAUUCUUCAUCACAUUGGAGCAUUGGAGGAUUUUCAAUCAUGCCAACUUGGCAAAUGAAUCAUCACUCAUCACAACAACAACCUUUCAUUCCAAUCAUGAUUCAUCGAAAUCAACAACAACAACAACAGAAACAACAACAUGAUCAUGACUACUCAUACUCAUCCUUCAGUAUUAGUGAGAAGAAGAAAAUUUCAAUUUGCAACACAAAUACGAUCAUGAUGGAUUUCAUGAUGGAGCAUGAUGAGAAUCGAAAUGGUGUCUCUUUCCAAAAUGGGAAAAGAGACCUUCACGGUCAAGUGUUAGUGAACACUUCCUCUGUGGCCACAACUAACGCCUUUACCAAUGAAGGACAUGUCGUUUCCAAUGAAGUUUCAUCUUCAUUACCAGUGGUGGUGGUGGUGGUGCCUAUUCAACAUCAUGGCGAUUCAGAGUAUGAAAAUUUAACGAACAUCAUCACGACUUGUACAGAACAAGAGUCAUCCUCUUCGAUUCAUGAUGAUAUUGCUGUUGUUUUGAAUCAUACUCCCCCUAACAAGACGACAGACGUUUCUCAACUCAAUUUGACAUUUGACGCAAAACCUUCACUCCUCCAUGACAAUACUUUGAGUCCAAUCAUCCAAACAGACAUGACUGCAGGAAUCCUAGAGCCCACUUCAAAUAACCCUCUCAAUGCUUCCAAUCAUGAUGAUGAAUUGAAUUCAACACCACCAACGCAACAUUCACUUCCUUUCUAUUGCAUUUUAUCUCAAUACAAUCAUUCGACACGAAUGGGUUUUCGGGCAUUAAUGAUUAUGGAUUUUGCCAAUCAACUCAUUUCCAUCAUUCAAAAGAAUUCUCCAAAUGUCUUUGAACAUGUGAAAACAUUUUUUAAAACUAUAGUGAAACCUCAUGGACGAGCAUUGUAUUACGAAAGGAAUGGAGGACGCAUCUUAAUGAAUGAAGUGUUAAAUUAUACAGGAUCGGAGAGAGCUCAACGAAAGUUUUUACCACUCCAUUGUGCAUGUAGUGUUGGAAAUUUAAAACUUGUGAAAUAUUUAUUAAGGCAAGGUGCGAAUCGAUAUUUGAGAUGUUUUGGAGAGUUGCCUGAGGAGAGUGCGAGACUAAAUGGUCAUUUUCAUGUCGUGUUGUUUUUGAGAAUAUUUCAUCAGAAUGUCGUAAGAAUUGGAAGACAUUUUCGAUUAUUGGAAAAAGACGAGUUUGGACGCUGUACAGAUAUAGUUCUACGAGCACAACAUUAA